AUGACACCUCGCGAACGUCAGAACAACCUCUGCUGGCUCGAUGCACCGACCAACACUGUUCCUGAUCCGAGCAUGUGUACAGGCAGCCCCAGUAUCUUAUCCGCAUGCGUUGCGGUGUAUCAGAUCGGAUGUUUCCUCGGCGCUGUUCUCAUCCUGUUCUACGGUGAGGUCUGGGGAAGGAAAAGCAGUAGCUUCUGGGGCAGCUUCAUCAUGAUUGUUGGAACUGUUCUUCAAGUGGCCGCAGGAGGUGCUCGUGGUGGUGGAGUUGACGGUUAUGCCCUACUGUCAAUCGGUCGUGUGGUGGGUGGCAUCGGCAAUGGCAUGGUCACAGCAACGAUCCCGACCUGGCAAUCUGAAUGCGCGAAACCGGAGAAGCGUGGACGCUUGAUCAUCACAUCCGGAGCAGUCAUUGUCGCAGGUAUUAUGAUAUCGUACUGGGUGACUUACGGCUUCUACUUUCUCCCAUCGGGUGAGAGCUAUAGCUCCGUACGCUGGAGGUUCCCCAUCAUCUUCCAGUCUUUCUUCACUAUCCUCGUCAUGAUCGGUCUUUGCUUCCUGCCCGACUCGCCUAGAUGGCUCGUGAUGCGUGGCCGUUACACUGAAGCCCGACACCUACUUGCUCGCCUCGCUGGUACAUCUGCGGACUCGGAAGAAGUUGACACGGAGCUCACGAACAUCAAAGACGCGCUGGAAGCGCAAAGUAGGGAUGGCCCAUUCAAGAUGAAGGAGCUUCUGCACAACGGUCCCAGUCAGAACCUUCGGCGCACACUAUUGGGAGUCGCAUCGCAGUUCUUCCAACAGAUCAGCGGUAUCAACCUUAUCACCUACUACGCAACCUACGUCUUCGAGAACUCACUCGGGUUCGGCCCAGACAUGUCCCGGCUCCUGUCCGCCUGCAACGGUACUGAGUACUUCUUCGCCGGACUAGCCGCGAUCCCUUUGAUCGAACGAGCUGGCCGUCGUAAACUCAUGUUAUUCGGUGCGUUCGGCAUGAUGGCUAGCAUGGCCAUCAUGAGCGGCAUGGUGUCGACAGCUACCGAGAACGAAUUUGGUGCCCCGGUCCUAGAGCCGAAGUAUGGCAUCACGGCUGUGGUAUUCAUGUUCGCCUUCAACACGUUUUUCGCGAUCGGCUGGCUAGGAAUGACCUGGCUCUACCCUGCCGAAAUCACCAACCUCCGCAUCCGCAUCCAAGCAAACGCACUGUCUACUUGUUCGAACUGGAUCUCCAACUUCGUCAUCGUUAUGAUCACGCCCCCAGCGUUCGCGAAUUUGCAAUACAACACCUACACCAUGUUCGCGGUCUUCAACGCCUGCCUCAUCCCUAGCGUCUACUUCUUCUUCCCCGAGCCCAAGGGUCGCAGUCUGGAAGAGUUGGAUGUCAUCUUUGCGAGCGCGCACCAUGAGGGCAUCAAUCCGGUCAAGCAAGCGAAGGAGAUGCCUAAGCUGAUGGGUAGGGAAUUGGACGUGGAGAUUGCGAGGUAUUUCGGUGGUGAUGUGGAGGAGGCGAGACGGAGGAGUGUGACGAGUGCUGGGAUUACAGCGUGA